AUGGGUAUGAUGGCGAACGCUAGGUGGCUGGCUACCGUGUGCACCCUGCUGGCCCUCUUUGCCACCGGCGGCUGCAUGAAGUGCUGGCAGUGCGGCCAAUACAGCGACGGUGUGGGCUCCAUAACGCCCUGCAACAAUCGCAGCGCAACGCGGCUGGCGGAAUGUCCUGCGGGGGCGAAGUACUGCAUAAAAUACGUCAGCGAGUUGACCGUCGUACGAGACUGCGUGCCUACGUGCACCGAAAAAGAAUGGUGGGGAGCCCGGACCUUCUGCUGUGACAGCGACGAGUGUAACAGCGCGUUUAUUCAGACCCCUGUAGCCGCCGUCGUCUUCGCUGCGGCCACGCUGGCAGCGGCCGGCCGC